AUGGCAUCAAAUCGAUUAAUCCCGCUCCUAAUCUUGCUCAUCGUCGUUGGCAUCCUCGCCGUUAUUGGCUUCGUGACAUGGAGCGUCAUGAUGGCCGUUAAGGCCCAGACGAAGAAGGAGAUGGAGAAGAAACACGUCACGAUGUCACGGGGUGGGAUGAAGGUUGGUGUUAAAGAGUUGAAUGACGAGCAGUAUAAGGAUAUUAGCCAAGGUGUGCUGGUCAACAUCUGGAAUCACAGUUCAUUCAACUACAGGAAACGCUGGUGGAACAGCGACAGCAGCAGGUCAAACAGGUUAGAAAAAUAA